AUGUACGUUAUGGCUAAAGAAGGCCGGAUCGACGAGCCUCUACCUCGAACGAUCGCCAUUCGCCGGUCACCGGAGAUCGAGUUUGUUAUAAGUUUCCGAGAAUCACUAUACACACAUAAUUAUCAAUCGCAUGCGAUGGGGUUUAUCCUUACAACUCUGAGUUUUGUAGCUAUCGGAAUCAUUGCUUGCCUUUGCGCUCGAAUUUGCUGCAACAAAGGCCCUUCCGCUAACCUAUUCCACCUUACAUUGGUGAUUACUGCAACUGUGUGUUGUUGGAUGAUGUGGGCAAUUGUUUAUCUUGCACAAAUGAAUCCUCUCAUUGUUCCAAUUUUGAGUGAAGGAGAAUGAGGGGUCCUAUGGAUAUAGAAAGUUGGUGAAUAUGGAAAAUAUUCACAACUGUUGAAAUUUUUAUGUAUGCAUUUUUCUUUCUUCCUUAUAAUUCAUCAUUUUAAAUAAAGUUUAUGUUUCUAAUGUCUCGUUUUUCUUCAUUUUAGUCGAAUAAACAAUUUUUUACACUUAAUUUAGUAUGAAUAUGUUGCAUUAAGAUGAAAAAGAAAAGGCUAGUUAUACUUGAAUGGAAAAAACAAUAGUUAG